AUAAUGUCUAAUAGCAUUUACAAUUACAUUAUAAAGUAUAUUAUUAUUGGUGAUACCGGUGUUGGAAAAUCUUGCAUACUGCUACAAUUUACAGAUAAACGAUUUAUGCCAGCUCAUGAUUUGACCAUUGGUGUUGGUUUUGGUACACGUUUUAUUAAAGUGAACGAUCAGCAAAUAAAAUUACAAAUUUGGGAUACGGCUGGGCAAGAAUCAUUUAGAUCAAUUACAAGAAGCUAUUAUAGAGGUGCUGCUGGUGCUUUAUUAGUCUAUGAUAUUACAAGAAGAGAAACAUUUGAACAUUUAACUGUUUGGUUAGAAGAUGUUCGUCAACAUGCAAAUCCUAAUACAGUUAUUAUGUUGAUUGGAAAUAAAUGUGAUUUAGAAAGUAAUAGACAAGUAUCUACAGAAGAAGCAGCAAAAUUUGCUGAAGAAAAUGGUUUGUAUUUCUUGGAGACAUCUGCAAAAUCAGCUGAAAAUGUUGAGGAGGCCUUUGAACGUACAGCAAAGGCCAUUCAAGAAAAGAUUCAAACUGGAGUUAUUGAUAUGAAUAGUGAGUCAAAUGGAAUCAAGUUAGGACAUCCUCAAGGCGGGUCUUCUUUACCUUCUGCUAAUUCCUCUUCAAAUAGUAGUGGUUGCUGUUAAAAAAAACAUUUUAUUUUUAUUUUUAUUUUUUUUUUUUUUUACGCAUUAUAUAUCCUUAAUA